AUGGGCAUGCGCUUAAUGAAGGAGCAGGAGAUGGGAGAAUAUUCAGACACAGGGAUUGAGAUGAAUCUUGAUGUGCCGGAAGGGAUAUUUCCAGAAGAGGCAAAAGUUGAUUGGGACGAAGAGAUUGGAAAGGGAGAGAUAUUGGAUUUGCUUGGAGAGGCUGAGGAAGGCAGCACACUUGAUGUGGAGGAGAGCGUGGAGGAGAAGAUGGAGGAAAUAUUUGAGAAGUUGGAAACGAAUCAGGUGAUCCUUGUGCAGGGAAACACAGGGUGUGGGAAAACAACGAAGAUUCCUAGAUAUCUUUUGCAGCGGUAUGGGAAGAUAGUAUGUUCGCAGCCAAGAAAGAUAGCAGCAAUAAGUGUUGCCAAGAAAGUGGCUAAGGACAUGAAUGUGUGUGUUGGGCAUGAGGUUGGAUAUUCCGUAAGGUUUGAUGACAUGAGUGGCAAGAGGACAAGGCUGAAGUAUGUAACUGAUGGGAUUCUGCUGAGGGAGAUCAACAGCAACAAGGAUCUGAACGGAUAUGAUGUGGUGAUAAUUGAUGAAGCACAUGAGCGGAGUAUGAAUAUUGAUGUGCUGCUUGGGUAUUUGAAGAUGAUUCUGAGGAAGAGGAAGGAUCUUCGGGUGAUUGUGAUGAGUGCGACUCUAAGCAGUGAAAAGUUUGUUUCGUUUUUUGGAUGCCAGAGGAUUGAGAUACGGCACAGGAUGUUUCCACUUGAGAUUUUUUUCACGAAGAAGGGAUGCGAUGGAGACUACUUGCGCGAGGGAUUGAAGACAGUGAUGCAGAUCCACAAGAGCGAAGGACCAGGAGAUAUACUAAUGUUUCUGACGGGGAAGGACGAGAUCAAUAAUGCCCAGGCGGUGUUGUCAAGCAUGAUGCCUGCUAACGAGGUUGAGAUAUGCUGCAUAUACAGUACGCUUGCACCUGAGCAGCAAGAGCGUGUUUUCAAGGCGUCGAAGAAGCGGAAGGUGGUUCUUGCGACGAAUAUAGCAGAGACAUCGAUAACGAUAGAGGGGAUGAAGUAUAUUGUUGAUUGUGGGCGGUGCAAGCAGAUGCGGUACUCUGCAUUGCUUGGGAUGAGCAUAUUGGAAGUUGGAUGGAUAUCCAGGUCGCAAGCGAAGCAGAGAGCAGGACGAGCAGGGCGCACGGGAUCAGGAAAGGUCUUCAGGAUAUAUACGAAGGAAGACUACAAACGGAUGAGCAUGGACACGAUGCCUGAGAUUCUUAGCAGUAAUCUUGCGAACACAAUACUGCUGCUGAAGUCUAUAGGGAUAUUGGACAUUACGAGCUUUGAGAUGCUUGACAGGCCUGAUGUGUCGAAUGUGAAGAAGGCGCUUGAGCUUUUGUAUUUUUUGAGAACGAUAGAGGAGAAUGGAAAGAUAACGGCGCUUGGGAGGAAGGCGGCAAGGAUUCCUGUGGAACCUGAGCUUGCGGUGUCGCUGCUUGCAUCGUGCGAGCUUGGAUGCCUUGAGGAUGUGAGCAUUAUUGCAGCAAUGCUGAGUGUUGAGAAUGCGUGGAUAGAUGUUGCGAAGAGCAGUGCUGAGUAUCCUAAGUAUGUGGAGGCAAGAACGAAGUAUUUUGAUGUACGAGGAGACUAUUUUUCGCUUCUGCGUGUGUAUAAAGGAUGCGAGGCAGCGAGGUUUGCAGCAUCGUAUAUGCGGAAGAAGUACUUGAACAUACGGGCUAUGCAUCAGGCACAGAGGAUAAAGAAGCAAUUGGUGGCGAUGCUUAAUGUGCGCAGCAUGUCUGACGAGAGCAAGGUGGUGCAGUCGUUCUGUGCAGGGUAUUUUAUGAAUAUUGCAAAAAUUGCUGAUGGAAGGUAUGUGUCGGUGUUUCAUGGAACCCAAUGCUAUGUGCACAGCAGCAGCAGCAUGUUUAACAGGAGGGCGAAGUAUAUACUCUACCACUGUGUGUUUAAGACUGGAAGGGAGUAUGUGAAGCAUUGUGUGGAGGUGAGCGAGGAGGAUCUUGUGAAGGGAGCGAACCACAUAUUUGUGAAGAAAAGGAAGUGA